AGAACCGACUUUCUUCGAUUGGACACGUGGCAGAAGAUCAUCGCAGUAUCAGAAGAUCCAACGACUCAGAUUCCUCUACAGAAAGAACCGAAGCGUGGACACGUGGCAAGAUACCAGAACAGUUCGACAAGAUCCAAUGACCCAGAUUUGAAUUCAGAAGAAGAUAGGUCUGGGUACUUGUAUCUGUAUAAAUGGAGGAAGUGGAACGAGGACCCCCCAGACUGAGUUGACGCAUCAACUUACUCAUCAUCACUCGUCUGACUCGCAAACGCAUUCGAUCCACUAUAUUUUUUUUUCUCUUGCCCACUUCAUCUUCUUCAGCUCUCUGGCUCUUCUGUGACGUCACUUCAUCUUCUUCGUUGGGUUUCUUCUAAUUUUCAAAGGGGGAGAGAAAAUGGGUGCGUUGGAUCAUUUAUCAGAUCUGUUUGAUUGCUCUCGUGCUAGCUCCAAGCACAAGAAACGCAAAGCAUUACAGACGGUGGAGAUCAAGGUGAGGAUAGACUGCGAAGGAUGUGAGCGCAAGGUGAAGAAAUCGCUUGAGGGGAUGAAAGGUGUGAAGCAAGUGGACGUAGAACGGAAAGCCAACAAGGUGACAGUCGUCGGAUACGUGGAACCCUCCAAGGUGGUGGCCCGCGUGGCACAUCGAACGGGUAAGAAAGCAGAGCUCUGGCCCUACGUCCCAUACGACGUCGUUGCCCACCCUUAUGCUCCUGGUGUCUACGACAAGAAAGCCCCGGCGGGAUACGUCCGAAACGCCGAUAUUGAUCCUCGCGUGUCGCAGUUAGCACGUGCGAGCUCCACCGAAGUUCGGUACACCACUGCAUUCAGUGACGAGAACCCCACCGCCUGCGCCAUUAUGUGAUCUUUACUGGUUUUUAUAAUUAAUGGAAUUGUAUUUUGUAAUUUUUUUUUUUCAUUUUUAAGAAAUUGUUGGGUUUUAUUUUAUUAUUAUUAUAGUGCUUGUUUUGAAUGGGUGUAUUAUAUAUAUUUUGUUGGGUGUAUUGUUUUGUAUUUC